GCCCCAGGGAGGGGAAAGCUACGGCUCCGGCAGCAUCUCGGCUGGGGCGGCGGGCACAGGCUUAUGAAGGAAGCCUUCCCGGGCCUCUUUCUCCCCGGAUAGCUACCUGCGCGUGCGACCCUGAACUCCUGGCUACCCCGGCAGGACAGGACAGGCUUGCAGCUUCAGCACUUCACUCACCAGGGUCUGGCACAGAGGACACGCUUAAGGCAAUGGUGGAGUGAAUGAAUGAAUGAGUGAAUGAGUGAUGGAUAAGUGAUCAACAGCUAGGACCCGUGUUCGGAAAGGAAAUCCUGGGGGCCAGAGUUUUCGGUUUGGAUACCAGUUGCUCCCCCCUAACCAGUCCUGCAGCUUAAAUUUUUAAAGGGACCGAUUUACUAGGAGAAGGCAAAUAGUGUAAAGCGCAGUAGCUAGGGAGUCUCGAGACUUGGGUUAUAAUUCCCCAGGUCUCUUGAUCAGAGGCGGUUUCCUGAUCUAUAAAGUUGAACUGUCACUGCCUUCUUUUAUCUACAAAGUUCAAUUGACAGCAUGUACAUGAUAGCGCUAUGCAAACGUUGAUGUCUAAUGACAAGAAGUUACUAUCCAUUACAGGCCUAAUAGUACGCAACUUAGGGGCGGGGCUACAGAGUGAGUGACGUCGGAGCCCGCCAAAUGGGAGGACAUUUCCAGGGUAGUGCUGGAAGAUAAAAUACGUGAGCAGAUUUCUGUGGUAAUAUUUUAAACCGCAUUUAUUUGGCACUUAACACGUACCAGGCACUGUUUGAAGCAGUUGUGCUAAUUUAUUUAACCUUCACAAGAAAGUAUUGUCUGUAGUUUUUAAUGAGGAAAUUGAAGUACGGAGAGAACAGAUGAUUUAUCCAAGGACACGUUCCUGCUAAGUGACCCAAGGCUGCCAAAGGUGUGCUGCUGCAGCCUGGGUGAGUACAUUACUUGGGGCCAACAGACAAGUCAAGAAGGGCUUCAGAGAAGAGUACGUUUAAGUGUUUCUCUUAUUGGAAGGAAUUGUGGUUUCAAAUUCUUUUAAAAAACCCCACGUGGCUUCCUUUGAAUCUAAUUCUUGAAAUGUAGGGAAGUGGCAGCAGGAAGAAACCUUACAAGGGAUGAGGAGGAAGCCAGCUCCCUGUUAGUUUUAGCAAAACGAGGAUGGAUAUGUCUAUAUCUAUCUGUAUCUAUAUCUGUAUCUAUAUCUAUAACUGUAUCCGUAUCUAUAUCUCCCUUCACCAUAAUACCAGUUUCCGCCACAUCUGGACUCAAAUAGUUCCUUUUAGCAUCUUAAAAUCACUAACAAAUUAGUACACACUAUGCUUUUGUAGAAGCAUCUGUACAACUUAAGAGUCCAGGAGGUCAGCGAACUAUGACCCAUGGGCUGAAUUUGGGCUACCACCUAUUUUUGUAAAAAAAAAAAAAAAGAAGUUUUUUUGAAACACUACUAAGCUCAUUCGUCUACAUAUUGUCUACUUCUGUUUUCAAACUAGAAAGGCCAGGUUUGCUUUGACAUAGACAAACUGACAGCUCAGAUAAUCCAUGUCUAGAGGAGUGUGGUGGUCACCAACCUGUCCUUCCUUGACUUUAGGCUGUAGUGUCAAACGUAUUAAUGCCUAACCCCUAUUGAGCACCUAUUAACUGCCUACUAUGUGGCAGAUACCUUUAUAAAUGCUUUAUGUGAACUAAUUAACUCAUUUAGUCAAGGGUUUCAUAGAACGUUGGAGCUGGAAGGACUCAUGGAUAUUAUCUAAUUUUUCACCUGUUUCAGAUAAAUACCCUGUCUCGUAGGCCUACUCAUGUGGGCUGUGGCAGAGCAAAGUUUCCUGACUCCCAGUCCAGUCCGCUUUGCCACUUCGAUCUUCUUCUGAGUGGGAGACCAAUACCAUAUCCAUUAGAUACGGCAUUUAAAAAAAUGUGUGUGUGUGUGUUUAAACCAAUGAGCGAGAUCUCUUGUUUUUAAGUAACUUUUUUUCUGACUGUAAAAAUAAUUCAUGUUUAUUGCAGGGACAAUGAAAUAUGUAGAAGACUAUAAAGGACAAAGUAAAGUAACCCAUUCAAUGAUCUAGAGAUAAGUGUGUUGACGUUUUGGUGGGUUUUCCUCUGUCCUUUAUGUGUGUCUUUUGUAUAUAUCUGUAUAUUAAGAAUAGUUUCUGUUUAUUGAAUGCUUUAUAUAUGUGAACAUUUUUUGUUUCAGUGUUUUGUAGUCUCCUGUUUUAACAUAUUGUAUUUUCUCAUGAAUAUUCUUUGAAAACUUGAUUCCUAACAGUUUUGAAAUCUAUCAUAUUGAUAUGACGUAAAUAUUUAUUUGCCAAUUUUUUUUUAUAAUUAUGGUAACAAUGUGAUCAUUGUACAGAAAUCUCUGUGCUAGUCUCUGAUAAUAUUUUUUCACUUGGAUUUCAGGGUUAUUUAUUUAUUUCUACAGGAAAACCUCCAAACAUUACAAGAAGAAAGGUCUUAAAACAAAAGUUUACUGUAAUCUUAUUUUGCAGAAAUGACAUGGUUAACGGUUUGAUAGUCUGAGAGAUUAAAGUUAGUUUUUUCAAAAUAAGGCAAAAUAUAGAUAAUUGAGGAAAUUUGGUAAAUAGGAAAAUCAUUCAUAAUUCAUUUGAUCAUAGUGAUUAUCAAUUUCCCUUCUUAAUCUUAUUUAUAUGCAUAUUUUAGCAUUCAUGUAUGAUUGUAUUUUAAGUUUUAAUAUCCUGUGUUUUUUUCCACUUGCAUAUAGCAUAAGGAUUUUUCCACAUUGUUACAUAUUUUCACUUUCAAUUAUCUGCUGUCUGUAUAAUGUCCACCAUGUGGAAGUACCAUCAUUGGCCAUAAUUUGCUAAUUUGUUAAGCCUCAGUGUCCAUCAAAAGAAAAAUUGUGUUUUCCAACAACAUUUCAGGGGAUUUUUUUUUUACAGGUGACAAAAGAAUUCAGUUUGUUUUUUUCUGUCUCUGGGAAAUUCCUUCUCUAUCAGAAAAUUCUAACAGUAGGAUUACUAGGUUAAAUAGUAUAGGCAUUGUUACAACAUUCCAAUGACUUGGAGGAUCCUCUGAGCUACAUGCUGGGUGUUAUAUAUAGGACAGAUUGAGAUCCAGUGCCUACAAGCUACAACUCAGCCCACGACUUUAAGACCUAAUAUAUUUUGCCAAAUUAUCUCUAUUGAGAUGGUACCAGUUUCCAUUCCCACCAGUGGCAUAUGAGCUCUCUUUCCAUGCACCUCUGCCAGUUUUAGCAUUAAAAAGAGAAUUUCCAACUUGAUAUAAAAAUCGAUUCUUCAUUCUUUCACUUCCCAUUUCUUUGAUUACCACUGGGGUGGAACUUUGUUUUGAUGUGUUUGUUGGUCUUUUGUAAUUCUUGGUGUAUUUAUUGUACUUCCCAUUUUUCUAUAAGUUCAUCUUUUUUUUUAACUCAUUAAUAAGAAGUCUUUUAUCUAUCAGGUCUUUUUAUCUAUCAACUCCUUGAUGUAUAAGUCAAAAAUACUUUUCCUAGAUUGUUUGCCUUUUAAUUUUAUUUAGUGGGGAGGGUGUAGCUCAGUGGUAAGGUGCAUGUCUAGCGUGUAAGAGGUCCUGGGUUCAAUUCCCAGUACCUCUGGUAAAUAAACAAACAAACCUAAUUACCUCCCCCCAUUUAAAAAAACAUAAUUUUAUUUGUAUUUUGAUAUAGAGAUGAUUGCUUUUCAGUGGCCAGAUUUAUCUAGUUUUGUUGUUUGUAGUUAGUUUGUGCUUUUUUGCAUAAUGCUUAGAAAAAUCUACCAAGACCCUAAAAUGAAUCAUUUAUCUAUUUUAUUCUGUGGCUUUAUUUUUCAUUUUUAACCCUUUACUCAGUUUAUUUUGGUAUGUGGUGUGAGAUAGGAGUCUCACUAAGUGUUUUUUCCAGAUAGUUAAGCAACAGUCCUAACAUAAUUUGGAAUAAUCAACUUUUUAAUGAUAAGAAAUGCCAAUUUUUGUCACACAUUAAAUUAUUUUACUUAUUUUUCCCAGGGGAUUAGGAAUCUCUAAAAUCAAAAGCCAAGGUUAAACUUCCUUAUAAAUGUGUAAACUCAGUGUUGAGGUUUCCUAGCUACACUCCUUUGAUGAUUUUAUCUGUUACUCCCAGAAUUUCAGUUACUUUCUGUAUGACUAAAGUAAAUGUCAUAAAUGUACAUUUUCAGCCCACACCUGUCUCCUUUGUUCCGUAUUUCAAACUAAAUGUAUCCUUUGGCUUCCCAAACCAGUGUUCCCACUCUCACUCAGUAUCACUGUCAUCACUCAAGCCCCAAACCAGCAUAUUAUCAUUAACUUCUCCCUCACGCCUCCCUCUGUAUUCAUCCUGUCCUGUUGGUUGCCCCCUUACUGGUCUGCUGACACAACCUCCUGGGGGUCUUCCAGCCUUCACCUUCCCUCCUACCUUUCCUGCCUUGUGCGUACUUUUCUCUGCACUGUGGACAGAAGGAUGUGUGUUUGUUUGUUUUAAAUAGCAAAUCUAAUCACGUCACAUCUUUUUUCAAACCUUUUCCAAUCCCUUUUUAUGGCUUUCUGCCCUAUUUAGGUUAAAUUACUUAAAAUGCGUUGCAGGAUUAUAUCUGAUCCGGCCUUAGCUUGUCUCGGGCUUCAUGUCUUAUUUCUAGUGCUUAAUAUUUUGGCCUUACAGAUCUCUUUCAUUCUUCCCAAGUACUGAGCUCCAUUCCUUUUGUAUAUUCUAUUUCAUCUCUCUGGUAUUUUCUUUUCUGUCUUUAUCUGUUGAAUUCUUACUUGUCUCUUCUUCAGGGAGGUUUUCUUUCCCAGAUUAGAUUAGGUCCCCUCAGCCCUACAUUCCAUAGCACCCCAUAUUUCUACCUCUAUAGUUCCUGUAUUUGUAACUCCUGGUUUAAUGUCUUUGUCCAGCUGUGAUGUGAGCUGUGGGUGGGUGGGGGCAUGUUUGACUUCUUCUCUGCUGUCUGGCUCUGAUUAUAUCCAAAGCCCACUCUACUGCAGGAGUCUCUGUAGAAUUCUGCAGUGGGUCCAUUUUAUGUCCCUCCUAUGGAAGCAGAUCAGGAAAUCCCAGACAGGAUCCUCUUAAACUUUUAAAACUUAACACAGAAGCACAGGCCUUGAUGAGAAGCCCACAGGGGCAGCCUUAUUAUGUACUUCAGCAGACAGCCUAUGCUGAUGGUAAACCAUCUCUCUGUCUUGGCGUUUUUCUUGAAAUAAGGCCUCGAAUUCUACUUUUCACUUCAGGGUACAUGAAGAGAAACUGGUGGAUGAACAGUUAUGAUUUUUGACUUUCCAAAAUCAAGCAGAAACUCUCUGUAUUAUUUUUGCAACUCUUCGUAAGUUGAAAAUUAUUUCACAAUUAAAGUGGUUUUUAACUGCAGGCUACACUGUUAUAUUGAGCUAUACCUGAAGAAAAAAAUUUUAAUUGCUAUGACAUCUAGAAGAAAAGACAAUCAGUGCAUCUCUAGGUUGUAUCAAAUAGAGAGAGUUCCCUCACUACUGCCCAGCUCCUUGACCUACAGUGGAGGUGGGUGAAUCAGAUUUAAUGCAUUAGCCUUGCUUUGAGGCCAUUUCACUGGGCACUUUUAGUUAUAUUAAUUGACUUCUCAUAUAUUAUUAUGUAGUAGACAGGGUACACUAAUUGACAUGAAUAUUCCUAUUUACUUUAUGGUUAUAAAUAACAUUCUGAUUUAUUUAUCAAGUGCUUGAGUGUUUGCUAAUAUAUCAGCCUGUCUGGCUGUCACUUCUUGGACAACUGACAAAUGGAGUCUGUGCACCUAGAAAGCUGGCAGCCACCCCUGACUCUUGGUGAUGCAGUCACACCCCUGUCCUGUCAGGUUUUGUGUGAGUUAUUAGGUGGUGUCCCUCGGCAACAGCUCUUUCUCAUUUUUCUGUUUCCUGGGGCAGUGAUAUCCCCUCCCCUACCUUUUUCCCCCUAUGAGCAGGGCUCCCAGUUUUCCAACCUUGAAGUCUUUUACAGUCAAGGCAGAGAGAAGAUUUGUGGAUGUUGAAUAUGCAAGAAGCUGAAGAGAGAGAGACUGGAAGAGAGAUUUGUCCAGGUUGGGUGAACAAGCCUGCUCUGGAGCAGGACGGCUCUGAAAUUGACUUGCCAGGGAUAGCAGCAAAGAGAUGCCUCGAGGAUCAGUGCCAGAAUCCUACAUUUGAAGAAAAAUAUGUAUGUAAGAGCAUGAAGGAAAACCCUCCCAGAGAGGUUCCUGAAGCAUGCCUUUUCCAAGAUGAACGUUUUGGAGGAAUAACUUUCAUCCACAAGGAAGCACCUUCAGAAAUAAUUAGCCAAGAAUAUAACCUUGAGCAAAGACUGCUUUUGACCUCAAGCCUUGUUACACAUCUCAGGGUUUCUACAGAAGGGAACCUCCAUCAGUGGGACACAGACAGCAUACACUCCAGUGAGAUUUCAGACAAAACUAAAUAUCCAGGCCUCUCUACACAGAAAACAUCUUGGAAAUGUAGCGAAUGUGGAAAAACUUUUAGUCAGAGCUCAUCCUUUACCCAACACCAGAGAACCCACACAAGACCCUACCCAUGUGAGGAAUGUGGGAAAACCUUUAGUCGCAGCUCAUUCCUUGUUCGACAUCAAAGAAUUCACACCGGAGUGAAACCGUAUGGAUGCGAGCAGUGUGGGAAAACAUUUCGAUGUCGAUCAUUUCUUACUCAGCACCAGAGAAUCCACACUGGAGAGAAGCCGUAUAAAUGUAAUGAAUGUGGGAGCUCUUUCCGCAAUCAUUCCCAUCUCACCGAGCACCAGAGAAUUCACACUGGAGAGAAGCCUUACAAAUGUAAUAGAUGCGGGAAGGCAUUCAGUCAGAACACGCACCUCAUCCAUCAUGAGAGAAUUCACACUGGUGAGAAACCUUAUUUAUGUAGCGAAUGUGGCUCUUCUUUUCGCAAACACUCAAAUCUUACCCAACAUCAGAGAAUUCACACUGGGGAAAAGCCCUAUAAAUGUGAAGAGUGUGGAAAAACUUUCCAUACAAAGGCAAACCUGUCUCAGCAUCAGAGAAUUCAUACUGGAGAGAAACCCUAUAAAUGUAAGGAAUGUGGGAAAGCCUUUUGUCAGAGUCCAUCCCUUAUUAAACACCAGAGAAUUCAUACUGGAGAAAAACCCUACAAAUGUAAGGAGUGUGGCAAAGCUUUUGCUCAGAGCACCCCACUCACUAAGCACCAGAGAAUUCAUACUGGGGAAAGACCCUACAAAUGCAGCGAAUGUGGUAAAGCCUUCAUUCAGAGCAUUUGCCUUAUUCGGCAUCAGAGAAGUCACACUGGAGAAAAACCCUAUAAAUGCAACGAAUGUGGGAAGGGCUUUAAUCAGAAUACCUGUCUCACUCAGCAUAUGAGAAUUCAUACUGGAGAGAAGCCCUAUAAAUGUAAAGAAUGUGGGAAAGCCUUUGCUCACAACACAUCUCUUACUGAACAUCACAGAACUCACACUGGCGAGAAGCUGUACAAAUGCAGUGAGUGUGAGAAGACCUUCCGCAAGUACGCACACCUUAGUGAGCACUACAGGAUUCACACUGGUGAGAAGCCCUAUGAGUGCAUCGAAUGUGGAAAAUUCUUCAGACAUAGUUCAGUCCUUUUCAGACAUCAGAAACUUCACGGUGGUGAAUAAACCUGGCAUUUAGGUUAUGACGGUUUCUCUAAAGAGAGUGACUGGGAAUCUGGCUGAGGGGAGGGGGACAGGCAGAGUCCUGGAGGGAAUGAUGAGGGACUCUGGGAUACUGCACUUGGAAGAGUAUUUCCAGGAAUGGAGGUGGGCGCUUGGAGAAUGCAGUGCCUACUCCAGGUGGGCAUCUGGGAAUACAGGGUAGGAAAUCCUGCUUUUCAGAUAACUCCUUGCCCCUUGCCCCUCCUCUCUCCUCACAGCACUCUCAUACCUGAGGUGCCCUUGGUGAAGUUAGCAUUGUGUUUCCCUUACUGUACCCCUGCCUCACCUUUCCAACCUGUCACCUGUGUUCACUUGCCAGGAGGCUGAGGUGCUUCUCCAAACACCGAUUGUCAGUGUCAAAGUGGCGGCAGUUCUGAGGUUGUGCUGAGUGGCCUUUGGAUACCCAAGGCAGCUCUGAGCAUGCUUCUGUGGGGAGGCUGCCCAGCUGUGGAAGUGGUCCAACGAAGGGGGACAGAAAGAAGUGAAAACAAAGAGUCCUUAUUCAUUCAUUCACCAAAUAAAGGGAUAUGUGGCCAGAACUGAGCCGAUUGCUAUAGAAAUGUUGUUGAAGAAGGCUUUUAUUAGGGUGAGGGAGAUCUUUCCAGAUCUUUUCAAACAGGAAGGUGAAGUGGGGCUAAGGAGGAAAUGGAAGGUCAAGAGAGCCUUCUCUUGAAUGAUGUCAGUUUGUGGGAAGGAAGUCAGAUCUGCUCAGAAGGUCACAGAGAGGAGGACCUAACUGCUGUCCCAGAGGAAUGUUGGCUUAUCCAGAAGGGAAAUGGUUUGUGUUAGGCCACUAGUGCUGAGAGGCCUCAGAGCAGGAAGCCUGCAUGUGACUGAGCAAGCCACCCACACAUCCCUGUCAUGCACUAGGGUGUCCUCUUGUCUCUUGUAAAUUUGGCUGGGCCAUUAGUGCACAGGGACCAGGGGAGAGGGGGCCACUAGGAUUAACAAAGUGGGCCUUAGUUUGUUAGCUGUUAGAGAGGAGAAAACAUCAGUGAUGAUGGACAAUAGCCUUCCAGGUUGGCUGGGCCUGGGGGCUGCUGGGCCAGUCCCUGAGAGAGUGCUGACCACUGUAGCAGGGAGGGCUAGGUUUUGUGUAAUCCUGGCAAUAGUGGCUGUCACCAUAGACUCACUAGAUCUCAUGUUUCUCUUUUGACUGAGACUCUCUUACUCCUGGGUACUUAUCCUUCCCUGUGGAUUAUGAGUAGCUUAGGAAACACUUCUCAUGGAAUGAAUUUGGAAAGAAUUCAAGAAAGAAUUACCUCUUUUUCAAAUCCCUGAAGAUCAGGACAGCACGUUUUGCUAUGACUGUGAUGGUAUUUUAUUCUUUUUAGAGAAAGAAAGGACAUGUUUCCCUUUAUUUCUUCAUUCUCAUGUUCUUAACGACUACCCAGGGAUUCAGCUCUGGAAGAUUGAGUAAGGGUUGCCUUUGACUGGUAUUUGAAAUAGCUUCUCUGCUCUGAAGCUUAUAUAGUUUUUAAAAUAUGACUAUUAAAAACCACUGAAGUAAGUUAAUUCUGGAAUGGUUGAUUAUUUGGAACUCAGUAUUGAUUUUUUCCCUUACAAGCAUUGGUUCGAGCAGUUAAUUGCCGGUAAUGGAAAUGUAGCAGAAAUAACACACUUUUUCCCUCUUCAGCUAUAAAGAUUAUGUUCUCAAAGCCUGCCAUAGGGCAACUAAUAAUUGAGUAAAUUAAUAUCCUAUGGGCAAAAAUAACUAUGAAUACUUUAUUUUUUAUGCUUAUGAGAAAAAAUAUAGUCUGCUAAAAGCAAAUGUCAAUUUAUUUCUAUUUUCUAAAUGAAAAAAAA